AAAUGGAUAAAAAUUUGAAAAUAGUUUCUUCUUUGUUAAUGAUCUGCAGUUCUCUACUCUGCAUCGAAUUACUCGUGACAUUCGUAAUUCAACAGAACGGUCGGAGUAGUUUUGGAUACGAAUCACUGCUUUCGAGGAUCGAAUUACUUACGAACGAGAUCAAGGCGAUGAACGUGGACAUGAAAUCUCGGACUGAUAUGAUGAAUGAAAAAGUUAUGGAGAAGCUAGAUCGACUCGAGACAACCCUCAUUAAACGUUUCGACAACAUGGAAAAUGUCAAGCUUGACAAAUUUGAAAGCAUUAAAAAUGACAUCAAUCAGCAUAUCAAUCAAACAUGUUUAAGAAAUGUGGAUCAGAAGAAUGAUAGUGAAGCUUUUUACGACAAAUUAGCCAGCCAAAUGAGUAAAGUACAAAAUACAGUUGAAGCUACGAAGACCGAUUUGGCGCUAAUCAAGAGUUUGGUUCCUCCGGAAUCGUGUAAGCAUCUAUCGUCUACCUUGUCUGGACAGUUCCAGCUACGACCCUUCAAAGAUGAGAACACGAUCGAAGUUUACUGCGAGCAGGCAGCGUUCGGUGGUGGCUGGUUGGUGUUUCAGCGCCGUUUCGAUGGGUCUGUGGAUUUCUUCCGGAACUGGACACAGUACAGGAAUGGGUUUGGAGAUGUUGGCGGUGAAUUCUGGCUUGGGUUGGAACAGCUGCAUCAGUUGACCAAAGACAGAAGAUUCGAGCUGAUUGUGGAGUUAGAGGCGAACGAUUCUGAUGUGUUGUUUGCAAGGUACGAUGAUUUUGCAAUAGGCAGUGAAAAAGAAAUGUAUUCCCUGAAAGGACUUGGGAACUUUACUGGAACCGCUCGCGAUGCUUUGAGUUAUCACAGAGGAAGAAGUUUUUCAACAAGCGAUAGAGAGACCGAAAACUGCUCGUACAACUACGCGACCGGUUGUAUGAGUGGUUGGUGGUAUAGCUGUGGCUUUAAGAGUGAUCUCAAUCAACCAUAUGUUUUGACGAAAGGAAACAUUAUUCAUUGGGCCGGAUUUCCUUAUAAAGAAGGCAUAAAAUCUACCAAAAUGAUGAUACGUGAAAUACAGUAAAAAAUUAUUUAUGUGAGUAUAAGCACGGCUUUGUUCUUCUUCUUUCUGGCUCUACGUCCCCACUGGAGCUUGGCCUGCCUCGCUUCAACUUGAUGUUCUUUGAGAAUUUCCACAGUUAUUAAUUGAAGGGCUUUCUUUGCCUGCCAUUGCAUGAAUUUGUAUAUUGUGAGGCAAGUACAAUGAUACACUAUGCCCAGGGAGUCGAGAAAAUUUUCCCGACCGGUACGGGAAUCGAACCCGCCGUCUCCAGAUUGGCGAUCCAUA